CCCAAAAUAACUCAAGCCCUACCCUUUAAAGCCCCAAGCAACACCUUCAUUUUGUCUCUCACCUGCAAGAGAAAAUAACAUAAUUCAAGCAACACAGUUUCUUCAUCAAACGAAACUAACUAGCAGGUCUUUGUAAUCUAAGUCACAUAUAUUCCAUUCAUUCAUCAUGGACAUGAAGAAGGUUACUUGUGCUGUUCUCAUUGUUGCUGCUUCCAUGAGUGCAGCAUUGGCUGCCACCGAGGUUCCGGCACCGGCACCCGGCCCUAGCAGUGGUGCCUCAGCCACCGUUGUUGGGUCCUUGGUUGGUGCCUCAGUGUUGUCUUUCUUUGCCUUGUUCCACUAA